AUGGAACCUGUGGGAGCAAUGCAUGAAGGGGAAUGGGGCUCCUUUUACGGAAUGUACUCAGAAGAGGCUGAUUUCAUGGCACAAUUGCUUAAUAACUGUGCAAUUCCUAGUGAAUCAAAUUUGAAAGUUUCUGGUGUUGAUGAAAGUACAAUGUACUCAUCAGAUGGAACCAAUAACAGUGUGUAUUCAUUUUUGCAACAGAGUAUUUAUAGUGGGGGGAGUAGCAUUAUUUUUCCCUCUUCGAGUCCUGAAAGCUACUACCCAGGUGACGAGCAUCAAAAUUUCACAACAAAUAGUAGUUUGAUGUCGAUCGAUUAUUUUAUGAUAGAGGGUAAAGACAAUCAUUCCCGAGUUCAAGCACUCACGAACGAUGCAAUGAAUGGGGAUGAAUUCCUGAACCAGGAUAUGAGCAAUGACAGUACAAAGUCUAGUGAAAACAUGCCAGAAACUGUUUCUCAAGGGAAGAGUUUGCAGCUCGGAAUGCCAAUGCCACAACCAUGCGAGGAGGAUAAAGUCAAUAACUCUUCGGAGGUGUCCAAGAAAAGACCCCGGAUCCCCGGAGAAGUCCAAAAGAACAGGAGAAGCAUGAAGAAGAAGAGGGUUUUGAACCUUGACAAUGAUGAUGUUAACAAUAAUGUUGUGCUACACAGGCAAAGUUCGAGCAGGUUCUGCUCAGAGGAUGAAUCUAUUGCUUCACACGAGUUGAAUGAAGUGGCUUCGAGCUCAAACUCAGAGGGAAGUGGGAAGACACGAGACAGUAGGGGAUCAGUAACUGAUCCUCAGAGCCUCUAUACUAGGAAAAGAAGAGAAAGAAUUAACGAGAGGUUGAGAAUCUUGCAGAACCUCGUCCCAAAUGGAACUAAGGUAAGCGUCUACAGUUAA